AUCUAUUUAAACGUAUAAUGGCUACAGUAGAAGAUCAUGAUGACUACUUCAAGUUCAAGUUCAAUGCAGCCGGUACACCUGGAUUAAGUUGUUUCCAGAAAGUCACCGCGGUAUUUCGUAUGAUAACAUAUGGAGUAGUUGCGGAUGCUACAGAUGAGUAUGCUCGUAUCGGAGAAAGUACGGUUAUAGAGAGUCUGAAAAAGUUCGUGAAGGCAAUUAUUAAAGUGUUUGGGGAUGAAUAUUUGAGAGCACCUAAUGAAAUGGAUACAUCUCGGUUACUUGCAAUUGGACAAGAAAGAGGAUUUCCAGGAAUGCUUGGUUCUAUAGAUUGUAUGCAUUGGAGGUGGAAGAAUUGUCCUUCAUCAUGGCACGACAUGUAUUCAGGCCAUUUACAUGAGCCUACAAUUAUAUUAGAGGCUGUUGCUUCACAAAAUCUAUGGAUUUGGCAUGUAUUUUUUGGUUUGCCUGGGUCGCACAAUGAUAUCAAUGUUCUUCACCGGUCACCACUAUUUUCAAAACUUGCUGAAGGGCAAGCUCCACAAGUUUACUACAACAUCAAUGGACAUGACUAUACCAUGGGUUACUAUUUAGCUGACGGCAUAUAUCCAUCGUGGGCAACCUUUGUGAAAACUAUACCAGAACCACAAGGGAAUAAGCGAAAAUAUUUUGCUAAAGCCCAAGAAGCUGUAAGGAAGGAUGUCGAACGUGCAUUUGGAGUUUUACAAUCCCGUUUUGCUAUUGUUCGUGGACCGGCUCGUUUUUGGGAUCAGGAAACAUUAGGCGACAUAAUGAAAGCAUGUGUUAUUAUGCAUAACAUGAUUAUUGAAGACGAGGGUGAAGUCGACCCUGAUGAACGUUUUCAAGAUGGUGGCGUUAAUGUGCAGCCUUCCCAUGAUCAACAUCCCGAUUUCGACGAAUUUAUAGAGACACAUCGAAAAAUCAGGGACAAAGAAACUCAUCAUCAGCUGCAACAGGACCUUGUCGAGCACCUUUGGCAACAUCAUUCAGAUCAGUAUUGA